AUGCAGGCCGUGGUCCGCGGCGGCGCGCUGGCGAGGGGCGCCGUGGCGGUGCAGAGCGAGGCGGCGGGGGCUGCGGUCCUGCUCCUGGACGCGGCGCCGGGCGAGGCGGUGCUGGACGCGUGCGCCGCGCCGGGGACGAAGGCCAUGUUCCUGGCCGCGCGCAUGCGGGGCGAGGGGCGCCUGGGGCUGGAGGCGCUGGCGGCCGACGGGAAGCUGCGUGCCAGCUUCGACCGCGUGCUGCUGGACGCGCCGUGCUCGGGCACGGGCGUGCUGGCGCACAAGCCCGACAUUCGCUGGAGGAGGAAGCCGGGGGACGUGGCGGAGCUGGUCUCGCUGCAGCGCAAGCUGCUCAUCGCCGCGGCCUCCCUGGUGAAGCCCGGGGGGGUCCUGGUCUACUCCACCUGCUCGCUGGAGGCAGAGGAGAAUGGCGAGGCCGUGCACUGGUUCCUGACCGAGACGGCGGAGGGCCGGCGCUUCGCCGCCUGCCCCCCCGCCGAGGCGGCGCGCCUGGUACCCCGGGGCCUGCUCAACGAGCGCGGCUUCCUGGAGGCCUGGCCCCACCGGCACGGCACCGAUGGCGCCUUUGCCGCGCGGUUGGAGAGGCUGCCGGAGUUGUGA